AUGGAAAUUGAAGGAGUGUUAAAUGAUGUUCAUGGAUGCUUAGAAAGGCUAGAUUUGGCUUCUAUUGAUUCCAACAAUCUGAUAGCAUCUGGAAUCGUGGAUAUCGCAGAAGAAGUGGAUAAGGUGGUAGAUGAGUUGUCAGAAGAGACAAAACACAUUCUUAAAGAAGUUGAAUUGAGUAAGCUGGAUUUUUCAGAGAAAACUG